AUGUUGAUAAAUGAUCUGGUUAAAUUUACUUGUUUUAUAAUGGAUCUUUGGCUUAAAACAGGUGUUUUGAAGAAAACAGCGAUUUCAGCUACAGAUGCAGAAAUGCAGGGAUCUAACUCCAACAGGUACGGAUUUGUACAUUUAAAGGUAGGGGAAAUACGGGUAAAAUGGGAUACUUACGUUUGA